AUGGAGGUCUUUGCGCCCUCCAACUCGUCGACCGCCGCGGCGGUUACCUUCAUCACUUUCGUGCAAGACCUCAAGCGCAAAUCCAAAGCAUGGGGCCCCAUGAUCGAGCUAUGCGCAAGCGGCGAGAAGACGCUCGAACGAUUUCGAUACCAGUUCCCGGAUGAUUGGCUGUACAGCGACCAACUACGGGGGGAAUGGAGUGCGUAUAAUGAGAUAUUGAAGAGGAAGAACGAUUCGAUUCAGGAGCAACUCUCUGGCCUACAACUCAAGAUCACCGCCGAAGACAAGAUUGUCGAGAACAAGAUCAACGACGUUAUAGCCGAAUGGGAGCAAACACGUCCUGUGCAAGGCAACAUGCGAGCCGACACGGCGAUGAACACCAUCAAUAUCUUCGAAGGCAAGCUUACCCGUGUACAGGAAGAAUACGAUCUCGUCUGUCGCGCCAAGGAGGCCCUCGACCUCGAGCUCAUCCGGCACACUCGCCUCGAACCCGUCUUCGAAGAGCUUCGAGACCUGAAGGCCGUAUGGACAGCCUUGAGCGGGGUGUGGAGUCAGAUUGGCGAGUUGAGGGAGAUCCCAUGGGCGACGGUGCAACCGCGGAAGCUGAGGACUCAGAUUGACGGAUUACUGAGCUCAACAAAGGAUAUGCCCACGCGGAUGAGGCAGUAUGCAGCGUUUGAGUACGUGCAAGAUGUACUCAAGGGCCUGCUCAAGAGCAAUACUAUCGUGUCGGAGCUCAAGUCGGACGCUCUGAAAGACCGCCACUGGAAGCAGCUGUUCAAGGUGUUGAGGCUGCCAAGUCAGCCGAGUCUGUCUCUGAUGACUUUGGGUCAUGUCUACGACCUUGACUUGAAGCGUAACGAGACGUUGAUCAAGGAGGUUAUUAUACAAGCGCAGGGCGAGAUGGCGCUCGAAGAAUACAUCAAACAGGUCAAGGAGACCUGGACUAGCUAUACGCUAGACUUGGUUAACUACCAGAACAAGUGUCGGCUCAUCAGGGGAUGGGACGACCUCUUCAACAAAUGCGGAGAGCAUCUCAACUCACUCACCGCUAUGAAGCUUUCUCCGUACUACAAAGUCUUCGAGGAGGAAGCCAGCUCUUGGGAAGAGAAACUGAACCGCAUACAUGUCCUCUUCGACGUGUGGAUUGACGUCCAGCGUCAGUGGGUAUAUCUCGAGGGUAUCUUCUCCGGAAGCGCGGAUAUCAAACACCUGCUUCCCGUUGAGAGCGCCCGUUUCCAGAACAUCAAUACAGAGUUUCUCGCCGUUAUGAAGAAAGUCUACAAAUCUCCCUUCGUCCUCGACGUCAUGAACAUUCCCGCUAUCCAGAAGAGUCUCGAGCGUCUUGCUGAUCUAUUGAACAAGAUACAGAAGGCGCUCGGAGAGUACCUCGAACGGGAGCGUGCCAGUUUCCCGCGAUUCUACUUCGUUGGUGACGAGGAUCUACUCGAAAUCAUCGGUAAUAGCAAGGAGAUCCUGCGGAUAAUGAAGCAUCUGAAGAAGAUGUUUGCGGGUAUAUCAACGGUUCUGCUGGACGACGAAGUGACGCAGAUACAGGGGAUGACAUCAAGGGAGGGCGAGGAAGUACCUUUCACGACGCCGAUUCUGCUCAAGGAAUUUCCCAAGAUCAACGAUUGGUUAGCCAAGAUCGAGUCGGAGAUGAGGUUAUCCCUAGCCAACCUGCUCUGCGACGCAGUCGCCGAGCUGCAAGAAUUCUAUAACGUUGGUCGCCAGCUACCGCUGGAAACCUUUCGCGCAUGGAUGGAGAAAUAUCCCGCACAGCUUGUUACGCUCGCCAUCCAGGUCGCUUGGACAGCAUCCAUUGAAAGCGCUCUCGAAAGUUCGCAGUCUCUGGAUGGCCCCCUCAGUACUAUCAUUCAAGGUCUUGGUCUCCUUGCUGACGUCGUUCUCAUGGAGCUCGCUCCUGUCACUCGUCGCAAAUGCGAGCAUCUGAUCACGGAACUGGUCCACCAACGUGACGUUACUCGCAUCCUCAUCCAAGAGAAGGUCGCGGACAAUAAAGCGUUUUCCUGGCUUUAUCAAAUGCGCUUCUACCUGGACCGAAACCUCGAGAAUCCACUCGACAGGCUCUCAAUUAGAGUAGCAGAGACAAGUUUUCCAUACGGAUGGGAGUAUCUGGGCGUGCCAGAUCGGCUGGUGCAGACCCCCUUGACAGACAGGUGUUAUUUGACCCUGACCCAGGCGCUCGACAAGCAACUUGGAGGCGCGCCGUUCGGGCCUGCUGGAACUGGCAAGACCGAGUCCGUUAAGGCCCUUGGAGUACAGCUUGGGCGCUUCGUACUCGUCUUCUGCUGCGACGAAACGUUCGACUUCCAAGCAAUGGGGCGCAUUUUCGUCGGGCUGUGUCAAGUGGGAGCGUGGGGCUGCUUCGACGAGUUCAACCGUCUUGAAGAACGAAUUCUCAGCGCAGUCUCUCAGCAAGUUCAAACCAUCCAGCAAGGUCUCGCGGCUUUGGUCAAGAAUCCAAACACCGAGAUCGAGCUCGUGGGCAAGAAUCUAAAGCUUAACAAGAACAUUGGUAUCUUCAUCACAACCAACCCGAACUACGCCGGUCGGUCACAGUUGCCACCCAACCUGACCAAACUUUUCCGACCGAUGGCCAUGACGCGACCGGAUCGGGAACUCAUCGCCCAGGUCAUGUUGUUCUCGCAGGGUUUCCGAACAGCGGAGUCACUCGCUUCGAAAAUAGUUCCUUUCUUCAACCUUUGCGACGAGCAACUGUCGCCGCAACCCCAUUAUGACUUCGGUCUUCGCGCGCUCAAGGCUGUCUUAGCCAGUGCAGGUAUCCUCAAGCGUGAACGACUGCAAUCCGAUCGCGACAGCGCCGACCAAGCAAAUGGUGCCGAUGCCCACUCUGACAUCGUUUCCGAACAAGUCAUCCUGAUCCAGAGUGUAACGGAGACCAUUGUUCCCAAGCUUGUUGCUGAUGACGUACCUUUAUUGACGAGUUUGUUGGCGGACGUGUUCCCUGGAGUUGAUUAUGAACCUGUUGACUUAGGUGCUCUGAAGGAACAGAUUGUGAAAGUGUGUUCUGAGCGUCGUCUGGUCACGGGCGAGCGCUGGGUUGCAAAGAUCUUGCAGCUCUACCAGAUUCAGAAGAUUCAACACGGUCUCAUGAUGGUUGGCCCGUCCGGAAGCGGCAAGACGAAUGCAUGGCAGGUUUUACUAGCAGCCUUGGAGAGGUUCGACGGUGUAGAGGGAAUUGCAUACGUCAUCGAUCCAAAAGCCAUGCACAAGGACGCUCUUUAUGGCACACUUGACCCCACUACGCGUGAGUGGAACGACGGUCUAUUCACACAUAUCCUGCGCAAAAUCGUGGACGACGUACGAGGCGAAAGUGGCAAACGACACUGGAUUAUAUUCGACGGCGAUGUCGACCCUGAGUGGGUCGAAAACUUGAACAGUGUACUCGACGACAACAAACUAUUAACAUUGCCUAAUGGCGAGCGCCUGAACUUACCGCCGAAUGUUCGUAUCAUGUUCGAAGUCGAGCACCUUCGAUACGCAACUCUGGCUACGGUCAGUCGCUGCGGCAUGAUCUGGUUCAGUGAGGAUGUAGUCGAGCCUCCCAUGGUUUAUCGUCACUACCUUGACACAUUAUCGGCUGUUGCACUCGACGCCGAUGAAGACGAAGCAUUGGACGUCGUUGGGCGUCGUGCGGAAGCCACCGAUGCAGCAAUCUCUGCAAAUCUGACCACUCAACAGCAAGUCGCUGCCCUAUUGGAGCCGUACUUCGCGGAAGGCGAUCUCGUUAGCUCUGCUCUCGCUUUCGCGGAAUCCAUCGAACAUAUCAUGGACUUCACUGCGACUCGCGCGCUCAAUACGCUCUUCUCUCUCAUCAACAAGACAGUGCGAAACAUCGUGGAAUACAACAUUCAUCACCCCGAUUUCCCGUUAUCUCCGGAACGCGUCGAACAAUAUGCGACGAAGCGUCUUCUCCUCAACAUUAUCUGGGCGUUCUCAGGUGACGCCAAGCUGGAUCUGCGCUCAGAAAUGGGUGACUUCCUUCGCAAGCAAACUGGGAUCGAUCUCCCACCCAUGCCUCCUGGCAGCUCUUUGCUGGACUAUGACGUGCAGGUAGCGAACGGCGAAUGGACCCCGUGGCAGGGCAAGGUGCCUGUGAUCGAGAUUGAAGCCCAAGCGGUGACCGCGUCCGAUGUUGUGGUACCCACUGUUGACACCAUCCGACACGAGGAAGUCCUAUACUCCUGGUUGUCAGAACACAAGCCUCUUCUACUCUGCGGGCCUCCUGGUUCGGGGAAAACAAUGACCUUAUUCAGUGCAUUGCGCAAGUUACCGGACAUGGAGGUGGUCGGCUUGAACUUCUCCAGUGCUACCACACCCGAGCUCAUACUCAAGACCUUCGAGCAGUACUGCGAGUAUCGGAAGACACCCAAUGGCGUGGUUCUUGCCCCUGUGCAGAUUGGUCGAUGGCUUGUCGUCUUCUGCGACGAGAUCAACCUGCCUGCUGCGGACAAAUACGGCACGCAACGAGUGAUUUCAUUCAUUCGCCAACUUGUGGAAUGCAAUGGCUAUUGGCGGGCAAGCGACAAGGCAUGGGUCAAGCUUGAACGUAUCCAAUUCGUUGGCGCUUGCAAUCCUCCCACCGAUCCUGGUCGUGUACCGCUCAGUCAUAGAUUCCUUCGCCACGCGCCACUUGUCAUGGUGGACUACCCGGGAGAAUUGUCACUCAAACAGAUCUAUGGCACAUACAUCCGUGGUGCCCUGAAGGUCGUCCCGAAUCUCCGCGCCUACUCCGAGCCACUCACCAAUGCCAUGGUGGAUUUCUACCUGGCUUCGCAAUCGCGCUUCACUACCGAUGCUCAGGCACAUUAUGUUUAUAGUCCUCGUGAGCUCACCCGAUGGGUACGUGGUGUCUAUGAGGCAAUUCGUCCUCUGGAGAUUCUGUCUGUGGAAGGUCUCGUCCGCGUAUGGGCACAUGAGGCUUUACGACUCUUCCAAGAUCGACUUGUGACUGAGGAGGAGCGCCGCUGGACUGAUGAACAGAUCGAUAACAUUGCGAUGGAGCACUUCCCGACGAUCAAUCGUGACGACGCGCUUGUCCGACCUAUCCUGUUCUCUAACUGGACCUCCAAGUACUACAUUCCCGUUGACCGAGAGUCGCUGCGCGACUACACCAAAGCCCGCCUUCGCGUAUUCUACGAGGAAGAGCUGGACGUUCCCCUGGUCCUAUUUAACGACGUAUUGGAUCAUGUACUACGCAUUGAUCGAGUCUUCCGUCAAGUCCAGGGUCAUCUGUUACUCAUUGGAGUAAGCGGAAGCGGCAAGACUACCUUAUCGCGUUUCGUCGCGUGGAUGAACGGCCUCAGCAUUUUCCAGAUCAAAGUAUCUAACAAGUACACAGGGGACGACUUCGAUGACGAUCUGCGUACCGUUUUACGACGCGCAGGGUGCAAGGGCGAGAAGAUUUGUUUUAUCAUGGACGAAUCCAACGUACUCGACUCCGGCUUCUUGGAGCGCAUGAACACCUUGUUGGCUAAUGCCGAAGUACCCGGCCUUUUCGAGGGUGACGAGCACGCUGCUCUGAUGACAGCAUGUAAAGAGGGGUCGCAGCGUGACGGUUUGAUGCUGGACUCGCACGAGGAACUUUACCGGUGGUUCACCCAACAAGUCGCUCGCAAUCUGCACGUCGUUUUCACGAUGAACCCACCGGAAAAUGGCCUUGCCUCGCGAGCGGCGACUUCUCCCGCCUUAUUCAAUCGCUGCGUACUUGACUGGUUUGGUGACUGGUCCGACCAGGCGUUCUAUCAGGUUGGCAUGGAAUUCACCCAAACAUUGGACUUGGAUUUGGCGUCCUACACGCCCCCUAUUCACUUCCCAAUUGCAUACCGCGAACUCGCUAUGCCGCCCCUCCAUCGUACGGCAGUCGUAAAUGCUCUGGUAUUCGUGCACCAGAGCAUGCACCAGAUUAAUCAGCGGCUCAGCCGGCGGCAGGGACGAUACAAUUAUGUGACUCCUCGCCAUUACCUCGAUUUCAUUCAUCAUUAUGUCCGACUAUAUAACGAAAAGCGCAAUGAGCUCGAGGAGCAGCAACGCCACCUGCAUGUUGGUCUGGACAAAUUACGCGACACGGUCGAGCAAGUCGAGGAGCUUCGCAAAAGUCUUGCAAUCAAGCGCACCCAAUUGGAGGCAAAGAACGCGGAGGCGAACGAGAAACUUAAGCAGAUGGUCACUGACCAACAAGAGGCCGAAUCGAAGAAAAAGGCUUCCAUCGAAAUUCAAGCGGCCCUCGUCGAGCAAGACAAACAUAUCGCGCAACGUCGUGAGAUUGUCAUGGCAGAUCUUGCGGAUGCGGAGCCCGCCGUACUUGACGCUCAGUCGGCAGUGAGUGGCAUCAAAAAGCAACAGUUGCAGGAAGUUCGGGCUAUGGCGAAUCCUCCGGAGGCGGUGAAACUGGCCAUGGAGUCGGUUUGCACGAUCCUUGGACACAAGAUCGACGGCUGGAGGACAGUGCAAGGCAUUAUACGCCGAGAUGAUUUCAUCCAAAGAAUCGUCAACUUCGAUACCGCCAAUCAGAUGACCAAAGCCCAUCGGGACCUCAUGAAGAAGGACUUCCUUAGCAGACCGUCGUUCAACUUUGAAACAGUCAAUCGCGCCAGUAAAGCUUGUGGUCCACUUGUGAAAUGGGUGCUCGCGCAAGUCAAGUUCUCGGAGAUACUCGAUCGCGUCGAGCCAUUGCGCAAUGAAGUGCAGUCGUUGGAGGAACAGGCGGAGAAUACGAAGAAGCAAGCUGCCAUGAUGGUUAAGAUGAUCUCCGAACUGGAAGCCAGUAUUCAGAAGUAUAAAGAGGAGUACGCGCUUCUCAUCAGCGACACGCAAGCAAUCAAGGCGGAGAUGGAUCGAGUACAGGGCAAAGUCGACCGGAGCAUGAAGCUCUUGGAGUCCUUAUCCUCAGAGCGAGGCCGAUGGGAAGCUGGCAGCCGUACCUUUGACGCCGAGAUGAGCACGAUUGUCGGCGAUGUGCUGCUUUCCGCCGCCUUCCUUGCAUACGGUGGCUUCUUCGACCAGCACUACCGCGAGGUCAUGUGGCACGAAUGGUCCAAUCACCUCACCGAGGCCAACAUCAAGUUCAAGCCGGAGCUUUCAUUCGCUGAGUACCUAUCUACCGCGGACGAUCGUCUCAGUUGGCAGUCGAAGUCCCUACCUUCCGACAGCCUGUGCACGGAGAACGCCAUUAUGUUGAAGCGCUACGAUCGUUACCCCCUCAUCAUCGAUCCCACUGGUCAGGCUACCUCGUUCCUUCUCAACGAGUACAAGGACCGCAAGAUUACUGUCACCAGUUUCCUGGACGAAGCGUUCCUGAAAGUCCUCGAGAGCGCUCUCCGUUUUGGAAAUCCUUUGCUGAUCCAGGACGUGGAGCAUCUGGACCCGAUCCUCAACCCAGUCCUCAACAAGGAAAUCAGGCGAACCGGCGGACGUGUACUGAUCAGACUCGGCAAUCAAGAUAUCGACUUCUCGCCUGCCUUUACAAUGUUCUUGACCACCAGGGAUCCCUCGGUUGAGUUCUCUCCGGAUAUUUGCAGUCGAGUCACCUUCGUGAAUUUCACGAUGACCAGAAGCAGUCUGCAAAGCCAAUCGCUGGAUCAAGUCCUUAAGGUUGAACGCCCUGAUACAGAAAGGAAGCGCACGGACCUUAUGAAGAUCCAGGGCGAGUUCCGCCUUCGACUUCGAACAUUGGAAAAGCUGCUCUUGCAAGCGCUCAACGAGUCUUCUGGCAAUAUCCUUGACGACGACAAGGUCAUCGAUACGCUCGAGACGUUGAAACGAGAGGCUGCAGAGAUCACUCGCAAGGUGGAGGAAACCGACGUCGUGAUGAAGGAGGUCGAACAGGUUACCGCAGAAUACCUGCCUCUGGCGCAAGCCUGCAGUUCUGUGUACUUCAUCCUGGAACAGCUCAAUCUCGUCAACCACCUCUAUCAGUUCUCCUUGCGAUUCUUCCUCGAUAUAUUCGAUUACGUGCUCCAUCAGAACCCACAUCUCAAGGGCAUCACCGAUUAUAUUCAACGUCGUGACGUUUUAUUGAACGACCUUUUCCUCGUGGUAUACCAGCGUACAUCCAGGGCACUCUUCCAUCGCGACCAGCUGAUUUUGGCAGUUCUUUUGGCUCAGGUGAAGUUGCGCGGCAUCGACGAAAUCCACGACGAACUGGAGUUUUUGCUGGAAAGUGGAGAAGGAAUCAUGCUCAACGAUAGCCAAGACGCUUCACCUAUCCUGACUGAGGAACAGUCGCUUCGCCUGCAGACCUUUGCGAAGGACGAGAUAUUCAAGCCCGUCAAGAAACACAUUCAGGAGAACGAAAGUGACUGGAUACCGUUCCUCGAGUCUCCCGCACCUGAGAAUAUUGUACCGUUACCGUGGGACCCCUCUUCUCCUGUGAUUGACGCCUUGCGUGGAGUGCUCGUCAUCAAAUGCCUGCGACCCGACAGGCUGUUGCAAGCCACUACGCGCUUCGCGCAGAUCGCGCUCGGUACAGACCUUGCAACCCAGGUUGAGUACAGCCUCGCGGCGAUGGUUGCAGACGAAGUGCUCGCCGCCACCCCCGUUGCUCUAAUUUCCGUGCCCGGUUACGAUGCUAGUUAUCGAGUCGAGAAUCUUGUGCAGGAUAACGGCACUCGAUGCGCUUCCGUUGCAAUGGGUUCACAGGAAGGCUUCACGCUUGCUGACCAGGCAAUAUCGCUGGCUGCUCGCCAAGGAUCCUGGGUGCUGCUCAAAAAUGUCCACCUUGCACCCGCGUGGUUGGGUCAACUCGAGAAGAAGUUGCAGACGCUCAACCCCCACCGUAACUUCCGCCUCUUUUUGACCAUGGAAGCUAAUCCCUCGAUACCGGUCAACAUCCUUCGCCAAUCACGCCUGAUUAUGAAUGAACCCCCUCCAGGCAUCAAAGCCAACCUGCUCGAUUCGCUGCGUAGCAUCGGUGGGCCCCGUGUCUCGCAAGGUCCUGCAGAGAAGGUCCGCCUCUAUUUCCUGCUGGCAUGGUUCCAUGCGAUCGUCCAGGAGCGCCUGCGAUACGUGCCAUUGGGUUGGAGCAAGACAUACGAUUUCAACGACUCCGACAUGCGCUCCGCAUGCAACACCAUAGACAUAUGGCUCAACGCAGCGGCUCGCGGUCGGGCCAACAUUGAUCCAGCCGCUAUCCCUUGGGAUGCCGUCCGUGCCCUCAUUAAGCAGGCCGUCUAUGGCGGUCGCGUUGACAGCGACUUCGACCAAAGGGUCUUGGAUGCGUUCGUUGACGGUUUGUUCACCCCGUCUGCGUACAACGUCGACUUCAAUCUCGUGCCCGGCGUUAGCGGAUCCCAAGCGCUGACUGCUCCCGAUGGCACGAAGAUCGAGCAUUUCUUGAGCUGGGUGACAGGUCUACCGGACCGCGAACCACCCUCUUGGCUAAGCUUGCCACCGACAGCGGAACGAGUCAUUGCCAUCGUGAAAGGUAACGAGUUGCUUGGCAACUUGCGCAAGAUGCGAACUUUGGAGGACGAUGACGACGAGGCACCUAUCGCAGGCCCUGCCGCGACCCAGGCUACGCAGCAGCCAGCAUGGAUGAGGCAACUUCACGAGCGAUGCAAGGAAUGGCUUGCUCUCUUACCGGCGAACUUCAACACGCUGUCGAAGCCAACUACUGAGAAUCAGGACCCGCUGUACCGUCUAUUCCACCGCGAGGGCAUGAUAGGAAGCAAACUAUUAUCGCAAGUUCGGAGGGAUCUCACAGACGUGAUCAAAGUGUGCCAAGGAGAACUCAAGCAGACCAAUCACCUACGCACAUUAAUGAGCGAACUCACCAAAGGCGCUAUACCGACGCAUUGGAAGCGAUAUAAGGUUCAGAAAGGCAUGACUGUAUCGGAGUGGAUUCCUAACCUGGCGCGCCGUCUUGGACAACUCGAUCACAUUGCUGGCCUAGAAAACCUCAACAACCUCGAAGUCUGGCUGGGCGGUCUCUUCUUCCCCGAAGCGUAUAUUACAGCUACUCGUCAAGCUGUAGCCCAUCGCAAGAAAUGGAGUCUCGAGACUCUUAGAUUAUACUUGGACAUCGAACAAAUCAACGAUCCAGGCGCUUUCAUCGUGGACGGUUUGGUUCUUGAAGGAGCCAACUGGUCAACAGAUCAGCUAGUGUUGAACGACGGUGAUGCGGUCAGGCUGAAUCCCUCGCAGAUUCGAUGGGUUCAGACCGGGGAGGAGGAUCCCGAUAGGACAGUCGUCAACCUCCCGGUUUACCUCAACAACGACCGGAGCGAUGUUCUCUUCACUGUCGAUCUGCCGUUUGAUGGUAGCGCGGGCUCUCUGGUAGCGACUCGCGCUGUCUGUCUUACCGCGGGAGGCUAGGGGCCAGAUUCUCGCGGACCGGGUUGGGAAUGAGUUUCACGACUUUUACGAUAUACUAAUAUGCUUCGAUGAUACCAUGGCACGCAUGUGGACGGAUGCUGUAGACUAACAUAUACUCGGUCUCAAAAUGUUAAUGAUCAC